AUGGGUGUAACCAUAACUGACAACGACGAACAAGGAGCAAGUGAAGUGGCAGCUGCAAAACCAAAAGAACGACAAUUCCAGGUUGUCCCCGUUCCAGGGACUUUUACUCGCGGACGUUGGAAAUGUUGGGAUUAUAAGGAUAAAACAUCGGAAACUGGUGCAGUUAUUGACUUUACAGAUAAAUCAGAGAAACAUUCUUUAUCAAUCAAUAUUGGGGAAAAUUCUGUCGGAUGUCGGACUAUUAUUUCCCACGGCCAAACAGAUGCAGUAAAUCAUGCGACAAGUGAGCCACAUUUGAUUCCAGCAACUGAUACGAGUAGUGCAGCAAUAUCGCAAACGAUUGACAUGUCGAAUGCGGGAAAAGAAUCCAGUACAAUCGUUGUUACAUCUAUUGCUCCUCCAUCGUCAACGCCGGCACAUGGUACUCCAUCUUCAGCCAGUAUUUCUCCUGUGAUCAAUAAUGCAACUAUUAUUGAAACUAAGGAGAGAAUUUCAGAUCAAGAAAAUUUAUUAUCAUUGCAAACUACAGCGUCGGCACCUGCUCUUAACAUUGGAGGAGUGGCACCAGUUCAUACACCUAAAAUUUAUCGGACGCCAUCCGCUACCGCUUCCUAUCUGCAACCGUUAUCGGAAAUUCCUGAUUCUGUGGUUCAGCCGUCGUUUACUCCCGAACCAGUUGCAACAAAUGUACCGGUUACUGUGACUGAGACGGAUGAUCCGUAA